GGGUUUCUCUGUGUAUCCCUGGCUGUCCUGAAACUUACUUGUAGACCAGGCUGGCCUUGAACUCAGAAGUCUGCCUGCCUCUGCCUCCCGAGUGCUGGGAUUAAAGGCGUGCACCACCACCGCCCGGCUGUGGCACCUGCUUUUAAAUACAGCACUUGGGAGGUGGAAGUAGGAGAUAAGGAGUUCAAGACCAACCUAGAGGGUAGCUGUAGAUAUCUGGCCACAGGGAUCCAUUUUCACUUGCACACAUAACCUACAUAAUUUAAAAUAAUCUUAACAAAAAAGGGGGGUAUAUGGAGCACUCUCACUCAUGAGAUUACAGGUCAGUUGCUAGAACUCAGUUGAGAAAGUUUAAUCUAUUGGGAUAACUUCCACACUGAUGACUUGGGUGACUGAGUUGCCAAUGGUGUCAUUCCCGAGCCCCGGAUUAUUGCCAUUGGAAGGAACUAUAAGGUUUCUGAGCUGAUCUGCCUGUGAAAUGCUUAGUGUUGGCUGAAGUUGAUUCCAAGUACUCAGCUAUGGAAGAUGCAACCUAAAACGAGUGACCUGCUGCGCUCCUCUUGGAAUUUGUAGCCUCACAUUCAAUGCCAACUUUCUUUGGAAGGAGACUUGGGAGGGUCUGAGAGCCAUGCGGAUGGUGCUGAAAAGACUCUAUUCCGUUUUGGAAUUCUGCCGCCAGGCGGCGCUGCUCUGAAGAGCCAGGCAGCUACCUGCUGGAGCCCGACCUUCCACCAGGGGGCGGAGGUCUCCAGAGAGGCCCUCCGGGCCCCGCUGGCCUCGGAGCCAAGUCUUAAAGAGGUGCCUGGACCCAAGCUUCUCCUCAGCGACUGAUGAUGUCAAACUAUUCGCUUCUGUGAUUGGUUUAGCCGAGAUAAGACGGGCUGCUAUUGGAGAUGCUCUGUCGAAACGUGAUGGAUCUGGAAGGGAGCUGGGCACCCGAGACUCGAGUGGUAGCUCCCAUUUACUGUGGGUGUUAAGGUAUGGAGCAUGAGCAGAAGUCAGGAGCUGUGCUGCUGAGGCUGCUGCGCCUUCUGUGGCUGCUGCCCCACUCCUGGGCGGUGCUCGAAGCGUCUACCCCAGUGUUGUGGGAUGGCCCACAGAACCACACAUUCCGGCACACUCUGUUCUGCCAGGACGGGAUUCCCAACAUAGGGCUCUCGGAGACCUAUGACGAGGACGAACUCUUCUCCUUCGACUUCUCCCAGAACACCAGAGUGCCCCGACUGCCUGACUUUGCUGAGUGGGCUCAGGGUCAGGGAGAUGCCUCUGCCAUUGCAUUUGACAAAAGCUUCUGUGAGAUGUUGAUGCGGGAAGUGAGCCCGCAGCUUGAAGGUCAAAUCCCAGUGUCCAGAGGUUUGCCUGUGGCGGAGGUAUUCACACUGAAGCCCCUGGAGUUUGGCAAGCCCAACACAUUGGUCUGUUUCAUCAGCAACCUCUUUCCACCGACCCUGACCGUGAACUGGCAGCUUCACUCGGCCCCUGUGGAGGGAGCUAGCCCCACGUCCAUCUCAGCCGUCGAUGGGCUGACCUUCCAGGCUUUCUCUUAUUUAAAUUUCACACCAGAACCCUUUGACCUUUACUCCUGCACGGUGACGCACGAGAUUGACCGCUACACGGCAAUUGCCUAUUGGGUACCCCAGAACGCCCUGCCUUCGGAUCUCCUAGAGAAUGCACUGUGUGGUGUGGCCUUUGGCCUCGGUGUGCUAGGCACCAUCAUGGGUAUUGUCUUCUUCCUCUGCUCCCAGAGACCGUGCUCAGGUGACUGAUUCUUCCCAAGGAGAACUUGGAACAGCACAGGCCAGGCCAGCGGGGAUGUCCAGGCAUCUCGUGCCUACCCAAGGUCUCUCAUCGGAGCCGAAGUCCCAGGGACCCCUCAGGGUGUGUGCCAGCGUGCAGGUGUCUCAGCUGAGGGUUCCGCUGUCCCUGGACUUGCAUCCAGAAGAGCCUUCAUCAGGAGCCCCAGGCUCCUCCUAACCACUACCUUAUAUCUUCCCUCUUCCAGGAAAUAAACUUCAUUUCUUAAUGUCAGCGUGACCUCUCCCUCCA